AUGGACUUUGAUAAUAUCGCGAAAGAGCAGUCAGAUCGAGUUUUUCAGGUGUGGAUACAGAAUCUACUCAGAAAUUCACCAGAGGAUUUGGCAGGCAAGCUUGCUUCCCAGCAUUAUCCUGGCGCGCCUGUAACGGCUUCCCGGCUUUCAAAUGGCGCUUUUAAUAUCUGCUACCGAGUCACUUACGAAAAUGGCCAUCGCGUCCUGGUUCGCUUUACAGCCCUUGGUCGAGUCAUCGCUCGCAAUGAAAAAGUUGAGGAUGAGGUCUCAAUAAUGAAUUAUGUUGCUCAGCACACCACGAUUCCCGUUCCAAAGGUCUUAGGACAUGGCAAAUGUGUGGUUGGCCCGUACAUUGUGAUGUCUUUUAUCGAAGGAAAAACGUUGAGCGAGUACCUCAGGGAUUCGUCGCAGGUGACAGUCACAUUGAGUUCAAAGAUCCCGAUAUCUAUCUUGAGGAGAGCUUAUUUCAGCAUGGCUGAAAUGCUGCUAGAGCUGUCGAAACCUGGAUUUCCGUACAUCGGAGCUAUCAGACAGGACGAUUCAGGUGUUUGGACUGUACCAAAGCGUCCACUCACUUUCAACAUGAAUCGGCUUGCUCAAUUCUCCAAUAUUCCACACAGUAUCUUCGGUCGACGGCAUUUCAGCAACGCAGCAGAUUAUUUUGAGGAGCUUGCUCAGCAGCAUUUUUAUCAUCUUGAAUUUCAACGUAAUGAUGCAAUUUCAGACAGAGCCGACUGCCGGAAGAAAUACAUCGCACGCUGUCUUUUCCGCAAGCUUUCACGUGAGAUAUCAAGAGCUCAUUGCAGUGGCCCUUUCCGACUCUAUUGCGAUGACCUUCACCCUGAUAAUGUCCUUGUUGAUGCAUCAAAGCUUGUUGUCUCUGGGGUGGUCGAUUGGGAGUUUACUUAUGCUGCUCCUGUUGAAUUUACAUAUGCUGCUCCUUGGUGGCUCUUACUGGAGCGCCCCGAGGACUGGGAUCUCGAUCUCGAACAAUUUUUGGUGCGCUUUAUGCCGAGGUUUCGUAUUUUUCUUGACGAACUUCAGGAUUGCGAGGCAAGAAAAAUCAAGGAUGGAUCCUUGUCAGAAUCUCAGCGUCUAUCGACUGUCAUGGAGAGCUCAUUGGAAACUGGACUAUUUUGGAUUUGCCUUGCUUCACGGCAUAGCUCCAUGUUUGAUGAGAUCUAUUGGAAGUUCAUCGAUCCGCGGUUUUUUGGUACUUUUACAACGAUUGAUGAUCGAUUAUGUCUUCUGAACGCAGAAGAGCGUGUAAACAUCGACGCCUUCGUUGAGAAGAAAAUGGAGCAGGCAAGUGAGGGCAAUUUGGUUUCUAAUUACAGCAUUGAUGAACUGGUUGAUCUAUAA